AUGUACACCAUCUGGCCAACUCGGUCAAAAUCACACAUGCUCACAUUCCAUUGCCCCACCCGAACUGACCUGGAGCCGAAUGAUUUCCUCAAACGCUUUCAGGCCGCCCUCCAAAUGGGCGGACAUGGAGUCCGACUCUGCCAGUGUCGGUCGGCCGUGCUGACCACUCGGAAGAUCAUACCAAUGCAGGUUGAUGGGGAACCCUGUCGUCUCAAGCCAGCCAUUAUCCGAAUCUGGCGGCGAAAUCAAGCCCAGCUGAUCAAAAAGCCGAAGCAGAGGUCUUCGAUGACUCUGUCCUUUGAGUAA